AUGGAAGUCGAUGUUAAUGGCGAGUCCAGAAGUGCCCUGACCACCCUGCCCUUGCCCGUUGCGGAGGCCAGCUCCCCGGGCAAGGCGGAGGCGGAGAAGCCCCGCUGCUCCAGCACGCCGUGCUCGCCCAUGCGCCGGACUGUGUCAGGCUACCAGAUCCUCCACAUGGACUCGAACUAUUUGGUCGGCUUCACGACUGGUGAGGAGCUCCUGAAGUUAGCCCAGAAGUGCACAGGAGCUGAGGAGAGCAAGGGAGAAGCCGUGCCUUCCCUGCGCUCCAAACAGCUGGAUGUGGGACUUGCUCGUUCCUCUCGUUUGUACAAAACCAGAAGUAGGUACUACCAGCCCUAUGAGAUUCCAGCUGUCAACGGCAGGAGGCGGAGGCGGAUGCCCAGCUCAGGAGACAAGUGCACUAAAUCUUUACCGUACGAACCUUAUAAAGCCCUCCAUGGGCCUCUGCCUCUUUGUCUUCUUAAAGGUAAGAGGGCUCACUCCAAAUCUCUGGACUACCUCAAUCUAGAUAAAAUGAACAUCAAGGAGCCAGCUGACACAGAAGUGCUACAGUACCAGCUUCAACACCUAACCCUCAGAGGGGACCGUGUGUUUGCUAGGAAUAAUACAUGAGGGACUUGUAAGAGAGUGUAAACCAGUUUAGGUCAGCCUACACUUGGCUAGAAAAUUCCACUGUUGUACUCUGUACAGGACUCUUUACAUUAUAGAUGGUUAAAUCAGCUAAGUGUUUCUGAAACAUACAAAUUGUCUGGAUCAAAAUUGGAAUACAGGAAUGGAAUCACAGGUACUUGAGGGGAGAUCAUUCUAGAGUACGCAACUGCAAGGAAAAGAGAAGGUUGACCAUUAGUUUGUAUAGCUUUUUA